AUGUCAUUAACUACGGCUGUAACAUCGACCUUGAACGCAUCUGCUACCGCAACAGGGACAACUGCCGUCAAUUCACGCUGUGACCUCAGCAAUAUCAGUACCAAUACAUAUGUCACUAGUGUCAAUGAGACCUGUAUUGAUAUUUCGCUUUCCGCCAAUGUCUCAACCUCAAUGCUAGAAAACAUAAAUGCUCUAGGAGUUGGUUGCAAUUACUUAUCAGUAAAUCAGGAGCUCUGUCUCCUAGGCAUAUGUGAUAUCUAUUUAGUACAGUCAAACGACACUUGUGCUUUGAUACUGUCCACCCUUUCACGGCAGGUUUCGCUGCUGGUCUUUCGGGCAUGGAAUCCAAACCCGAAAUGUUCUCGCAGUGCUGUCCCAAAAAAUACAGUAACAACAUCCAACGACGACUGUGGCUACUGGUAUACCAUCCAAGACGGCGAUACAUGCGAUAAUGUGACGGCCAAAUUCGAUAUCACUUCCCAGGACUUUUACUUUCUCAACCCCCAACUAGGCGGUAAAUGCUCUAAUUUAUGGGAAGGGAACAGUUAUUGUGUGGAGGCUGUUGGCAAUAUCCAGACAUACGCUGGGUAUUCCACAACUAGCCGCUCGGCAUAUACUACUCUAGCAUCAACCUUCAAUCUCAACGCUACCGCUACAGAUAAUUGGAAUAUGACGGCAUACUACAAUGUUUCCUCUGGCGAUCUAACUUCGGAGAUGCUCGACGAUGCAGCUUGGCUAUCAGAGUAUGAUAGAGUGUGUCUCAUUGAUGUCUCGCAACCACUGCCUACGCAGCCAUUUAAUAUAAGUAUAUCCCUUGGAGACCCGAGCACUACCCAGUUCACUUCGUCCACCAUAUUCUAUACAACUUCUACAGCCCUGACGGGGCAGUUGUCUACAAAGAUUGCACAAAGUACCACCACCACAGCCACAAAUUCCGAGUCCUCGUCGACUUCCACGACUUCAUCCUCAUCUGCCGAACCCAGUAGCACUGGUCUUAGAAUUUCCCCCGAUGGAACCUGUGGCGAGUCCUACGGGUAUACCUGUGCAGGUUCUCAGUUUGGAGAUUGUUGUGACAAUUGGGGCUAUUGGUACGCGAAAAACUUAAGAGUCUAUUAUAACUUCACGCGCAGCAGAAAGACUAAUACCCUGGUCCAGUGGUUCGACUAG